CGGGUGGCCUGAAGCCUGUACGUAUCAUGCGGUUUCGGCGGCUGGAAAGGGAUCUCGGCUGAUUAGAAUGACUCAGUCGGACGUCCCGAUGUUCAUCGUGUUCACCGCCGAUGACGCCAUCCAGAGCUACACGCUCAACUCGGUGAACCAAUUCCUCGGGCACCGCAAGAACCCUAAUGGCUGCCAACCGAAAAUGACAUAUUACACCUCGCUCAACUACACGAAUUACACUCUCGUCACAGAUUGGUAUGUCGCGGGCAACGAGAUCGCUGACCACACGAUGACACACGUCGGUUCCCCGCCGGAAAACGAGAUUGAUGGGAACUUGAUCGCCUUGAACGCUCUGGCCGGGAUCCCCAUGGCGUCCAUCCAGGGAUUCCGUGCACCGUACCUGAACUACACGGUCGACACCCUCAAGUACCUAGCCAAGGCGGGAUUCACAUACGACUCAAGCGCAUCUGCGUCCAUUCCCGUCACGGAUCCGGGCACGGACGCCUACUGGCCGUACUCUCUGGAUUACGGCAUGGCGAACGAUUGUCUGCAGGUGCAGGGCUCGUGCAAAGGGCAGCCCGUUUUGCCUGGCUUCUGGGAGAUUCCGAUGUAUGCGUUCUUCGAUCAGCGCGGACCUGCCGGACCGCAUCUCAUGGACCCUUGGCU